AUGGAAGUUCCAUCAUUCUCUACUUCUAUUUAAUACCUUAACCUACAUAGUAACUAACAUACAUGUACAACUUACCGAACCAAAUCUCGUUGGUUGCCUUGUCAAGUCAUAUAUUAUAUAUCUUUACAAAUACCUAACUUCGUAUCUCUAUCAUCUUCACAACUUUCAAUUCCGCUUGGGAAGCUUAUGCGCUCCAUGGUUACGGAGGCGUAAAUCUACGGAUCCCCCGGUAUCCGGUUUGUUCCAAUACAGAAUAGUCGACUUGACCAGCACUAAAAGUCGGGAUGGAGGCUAUAGCCUCCAUGUGCCUUGGGCCUCCAACCGAGUCGGGGGCAGGAUCAGGGUCAACUGCGGUGAUCGCAACAUCCGUCGUGACCACAGUUGCACUUAUCUCGCUCGCUCGAUUCACGUUAUGGCCUGAGAAGCGCGCUGUCAUACCCGGUCCUCUGACGACUAGCUUGCCUAAGCUUUCCCAGGCUGCUCGCUCUGAAAUUCCCUAUCAACCAGAUGCGUUCCCGGGCGCCAGAGAUGUAGUCACGCCGUAUGGCAAUAUCCGCGUAUAUGAAUUUGGACCAGAAGACGGCCGUAAAGUUUUGUUCCUUCACGGGAUCAGCACUUCGUGCAUGACUCUUAAAGGCAUCGCCGUGCCGCUUGCUGAGAAGGGAUGCCGUGUCAUGCUUUUUGACCUGUUUGGGCGAGGCUUUAGCGAUGCGCCUGCUGAUGUACCCUACGACACAAGGCUGUUUGUCACUCAGAUAUUGCUCGUAUUAGCAUCUUCCCCAUUAUCAUGGACUGGAGAGAACGGUUUGAGCAUCAUUGGGUACUCUCUCGGCGGCGGUAUCGCCGCUAAUUUCGCUGCCACCUUCCCCCACAUGGUCGAGUCUCUUGUACUUCUAGCACCCGCCGGACUUAUUCGCGCGGAGAAUUUCGGCCGUGCGAGCCGGCUCGUUUUCACGUCCGGUAUUAUACCCGAGCGCCUUCUUGCGUGGCUUACUAAACGUCGUUUACGACAGCCCAUCGCCAAGUCCGUGUCUAAAAAAGUCCGGAAGUCCAUUAACGGCGUAGUUCCAAAAAGCCCCCUUCAGAGUGAAACCAAAGAGGAUUAUGUGGACGUCGCCGUGCAAGAAGCGGUAGAUCCUGUUGAGGGGGAAGUGCCUCCAACACCAUUUGAGCGCCAAGUACUCGGUUAUGUGCAUUGGGCCCUUGACUUCCACUACGGCUUCGUGCAGGCUUUCAUGUCAACGAUCCGAUACGGUCCGCUAAUGGAACAGCAUGGAUACUGGCGACAGCUAGCUAAGCGGAAGCCCGGGACUACGGCGGUAAUCCUCGCCAAAGACGAUAGCCUUAUCCCGAAGGACGACUACGCCGAAGAUGCCCUCCCACUUCUCGGCGGGGAGGACAACGUGUACUGGCGCGUCGUACCUGGCUCGCACAACUUCCCCUUUACACACGCGACAGAGGCGCUGGAGCGCAUUUACGAAUUCUGGAGCAUCGAAUGAAGCCAAAGAUACGGGAGACCUUCUGUUCAAGUAGCCAGCCAGCAUAGAUAGAUCACUAGAAUCCCUUUUGUUUUCAGCUGAUAUACCACAGUUAGUUACGACGACCACGCCGGGAACGAUGGGGUUUUAUGUAGAAGAAUAUAUUAUUUAGAACAGCAUAUAAUUACAAAUUCGAUUACAAGCCAGUUAAUUAAAACCA